UACACGUCUUCUUCAAAAAUUACUGCAUUAGAGAAUUACAGUCAUCUCCAGUACGAAAAUUUAAUUUUGUUUACUUUUCAAAGAUAAGUCUGGUUGAAUACUUUUUCGUGGUAUGAGCCCUUUUCACUAGUUACGCUAGAGCGGCAGUUUGUUUUGUAAUCGGUGUGUAAUCGCGCUGUCAACAGUGAAGGUGAUCCGAAAACAGUUUUGUUUUGUUGAAAUUUCGAAUCGUAAAAAUUGUGCAAAGUUCGCUUGAUUCGCAAAAAAAAAAACGCUGUGCAAAAAUCAAAUUAAUCAAUCAACAAGUGAUACUACUCUAGUGUUAACAGGUGAACAUCUCCACAAUUGUAUAACAUGAGUUGAAAAUCCCCCACUAAAUUGUAAGGUGUCGGACGGACGGAAGGGAAUGGAUUCGUUUUUCGACUUCGACACUGGCUUACCGCCGUCGAUUGAAUCCGAUGCGGGACGAGGCCGCAGUUUUUCCAGACACGGGAUCGACUCCGAAGAGGGCGAAUACGAUGCACUCAAUGAUGAAACAUUCGGUGAUCCGGACAAUAAGGGAGAUUGGGAGGAUAUGCAUGAGAUACUGGUGCGAAUGGCAAAGGGGGACGAUGGGAUCAAAGUGGGGAAGGAAGAAUUACUGGACGAUGAUGAUCUGGAUCUACACUUCUCGACGUUUGACCUUACGGACGGAGAUGAGAGUUUGUGCAGUAGCGGAGGAGACUUAAGUCUAGACGAUGAGGUCUACAACCGGCUUAGAUUGGAUCCCAGUAUUUGGGAUAGCCCGGUGAAUGCACCAGAAGUCCAAGCCUUUCCGCAAUUCAAGCAUGGGACACUUGUCCAAAAUGAAGCGAAACGGCCUCUGAGACUCGAUUUACCUACCGCUCCGAUCAAAAUGCUGUCAGUAGCUGAUAUUGAGCGGAAUAUAAUUGAACAACAGCGUUUGAAAAAGGAGAAAGAACAUCAAUUAAAACUACAUCAGCAAAAUAGGAAAAACAAGGAAGUCAGGAAAUCUAUUCCUUUGCCGACAGUAACCCCAGCUAUGCAACAGUUGCUUCCUUCGGCACAGUUUAUGGCAGUCCGGAAUCAAAUGUUUCCUCCGCCACCCCUGCUGAAUCACCAAUCUCGUAUCCCAGUGGGAUUUUUACCGUACAACUUCCUCCCGACACAUUAUCCAACGCCAAUCAACAAUUUGGCAAUGCAUCCAGGCUUUCCCGCUGGAAUUGGUCACCAGCUUGGGCUGUUCCCCCGCAUUCCGUUACCUAUUCAGCCAAGCCUAAUUCCCAACGUCCAAAAUAAUCAAUUCAAUCGGAAAUUAGUGCAGGAAAUACAACAAAAUCAUCCCUUGCUUUCUUUUCAUCGCCAGCAGAAUUUGCGCGACCAGCAUAAGAAACAACGAUACUUCAGCAACAUUCCAAACGGCGCAGACUUCGACGAGCACGCCAACAUGAUGACCAAUCGCGAAAAACAGUGGCUUAUCGGCAUUCAGCUGACCCAACUGAACUCGGACACACCCUAUAUUAACGACUACUACUUCACCGUCUACAAGGAGCGCCUGGCCAAACUGAAGGGAUCCAACGAGAGCACAACGUACCAGGAUAAUCAGCUGAACCACCCCUUCACGCAACCCAAAGGCCAUGCUCAACUCCUGUUGAUGUCUUCGUUGGCAAUUUCGCACCGGGACCGCAAGAAUUCCGAAUCGACAAAGAACGGUGAACAAAAAGACCACCAGCCCAGAUCGUACACUCCGCUACAGUUUGAGAAUUCCCUCGGCAAGCUGCAGUGCGGCAGCGUGAAGGCCCCCCGGAAGAUUAUCGACAUGGACGUGGUCGGCCAAGAAACACCCACACAGUCCAGCUCCUCAGGUCUGCGCAAGUCUCGCCACAUUCUGCUCCACAUUGAAACUCUGUACAAGCUGGUGCUGAAAAUGGAAGAUUUGAAGAACCCCACGGCGAUCGAAGCCGCUCGGAUUACCAAGGAGAAACGAGAGAGGGAGAACUACGAGGAAGUACCAACCAUAGAACCGGAAUCGUUUGAUGAACUGCUCGAAAUUUUGGUGGGUGGCCUCAGCCUUGAUAAAGUAACGCCAAUACUCGGUGUUCGUAAGGGCAAAGUUCUGCUUCGUCGCGUCUGCGUCUUGCUGAGAGAUCAUCCCGACCGCUGGACGCUCUGGAAGUCCAUCUUUUUGGCAAUUCCGCUCAUGCUGAAGAAGGACCGCGACGACCAGGACGGAAUUCUGUUCGGCUUGUACACCGAGUUCGAGCGACACGUGCAAUAUAGUACAUUCUUGGACCUGCUGAAACUUUCCCAACUGAUUGCUACCGAAAAGGUUCUCCAAUAUCUGACCAGCUGCAAGUUCUUGCUCUCCUCCAUCAUCACUAUCGUGUUCCAAAUGGAGGUGUUCUUCUCCAAGAACGACACCCCUCAGAACGAAACCGACUCGUGGAUUCAGUGUUUGAGUCUCGUCACGAGCACAACCAACAAGUUGCUGUCUUCUAAGAGUUCAGCUAAGCCGCCCAGCGCCCAUCACACCAUCAAGAUCGAGCGGGAGAACCGUAUUGUGGGCACGGUUCGGGCACACCUGGAACGCUUUCGGCAGCACGUGAAGGGAAACGACUUUCUGGACUUCAUCACGGAAGGGGAAGACACGGGGUCCAGUGAUGCGAAGUAAUCUCAGGGGUAAAGGAUGAGUUCAAUAAUAUGUUUAUUUCAGCACACCUUCGAUGGAUAGCACUCAUAAAAAUUUAAAAUUAUGCAGACCACAUUCCUAAAUCAAUAUAUAUGUUUUGGUUUCCUGUAGGAAUAUGAUGUCCGUUCGAACACGCUAGCGAUGCUGAAUGGCUUCAAAUUGUUGCUUUUGUGAUGUUGAAUUUUGCAUAAAAGUCUCAGUAGCCAGUAGGUAAUUUUAAGGAUAUGUACAAAUAUGCUCCGAGAGAGAGCAAAAUUGAUGAUUUUUUCUCUGUUAGCUCAAAGAUUGAAGACAAAUACGAAUUCGAAAUCUAGUCUUUAGUGAAAGUCAAAGCACUUAACGAGACAACGCAUUCCAGAUGCACAAAAAUCAAAUUGCCUUUAGGAAUUGACAAAUUUGCAUAUUAAGUAUGGGAAUAAAAACACGAAUGUGUUUAUUUGAUCGCGUUUUCAAUAAUAUGAGCAUGUUAACUCAUAAGCUAUGGGAGCUACUCAAUAGUUAUGCUCAAAAUGCUCGAAUUUGAGCAAACACUUAUAUUUCUUGAAAUGUUGAGAUUUGAUUCAUAUCUAGAUGUACCGUAAAACGGGGUGAAUAAAAAAAUGGGAGUCGAAAAGAAAUAGAGCGACUUACAGUUUAAAAAAAAACUUUAAAUAAACCUUCUAAUGGUAAUAUAUUUCAACACCGUUAUAAAACAGUGCGUGGUAUUUCUUAGUACUGUUUUUGUUGGUUGGAAAAAUACGCCUUUUUCUCAUUCAUUAUUUUGAUAAAAAGUAAGAUGAUAUGCGACGGAAUUGCAAAAAAAAAUCCACUAAUAAUCCAAUACUAACAGAGUAUUGCUAUAUUAUUUUCGAAUUAAUAAUUUUGCAACCUUUUUUUUAUGCACAGUCAAUUGGUUAAUUAAUGAUCAUGAAGGCAAUUCCCGCGCCCGCCUAAAGUAUUUUGUUGUUAUAAGGUAUUAACGUUUUGCAAUUUACAUGUACACAACGAAACACGUGUCAAAUGUACAAAUUGAAAUUGAAACUGCGAAAAUUGUCAUGAAGGCAAUUCGAAUUCAGUUCGCCUUCGAGCGUCGGGGUCUCUCAAGGGGCUCCGCAGCUUGUAGGUUGAAGCGCCCAUCUAGUCGUGGGUUCGAUCCCCAUUGGAGCACGUGGUUUCUUUUCGCAGUUUCAAUUUCAAUUUGUACAAUUGACACGUGUUUCGUCGUGUACAUGUAAACUCCAAAUGUUAAAACCUUAUAACAGCAACAUUUUUUAUGUAAAAAUAACAAGAAAAUAUUAGAAUCUUAUGCGUUUUAGAUAGCUAGAAACAUCCUAUCUAAAGAUUUGCACUAAAAAUUACGUCUGUAUAUCUGUGGUGAAAAUAUUUAAAAAUGAAGCAAUUUCCGAUGUUUUAAAGGAAAAAACUAUUGAUGCGGUAAAUUUGAUUUUUUGAGUAUAUCCCAUAGCCAUUAACAAUGCACUUGAGAACAGUCAGUGAAGUAUUUCCACGACCGCGUUUUUCAUUGAUUAAAUUGUUUCUGUUAGUGUUGUUAUUGUUGUCGGGCUUCUCCAAAAAGAAAACAAAGUGUUCGUUUUAUUAUCUUGUUAUUUUUUUCAUCUCUUAUUAUUGGCAUUACGUCCG